CGCCGUCAACUGGGUCAACAGCAGUUCGCCAACUCCGGCGGCGGCGCGUGCGGUGAUGAUGAUCCUCUCUUCCGCAUCCAGGAAGUGGAGCUGUUCGGGCCAGGAGGACUGGUUCGAGGACCCGUUGUGCCGCAAAGUGCCAAAAUGUGCGCUAUAAUUUCGGUGAUGAUGAUCGCCUUUGACAUCCAGAAAGUGGAGCUGCUCGGGCCGACUGCCAGGAGAACUGGUUCGAGGACCCAUUGUGCCACAAAGUGCCAAGAUGUGUGCGGCAAUAUGAUCGCAGAUACCACCGAGCUUUAG